AGCGAGUGGUUGCCUGGGCAGGAGCGCGGCCCUGAGCGUGAGGCCGACCCGCGAGCAUCGCCCUCAGGUGGGUUUGGAGCUGACGCGCCGCCGCUUCUCUCGCAGAGCGGUAGGGCCGUGAGUUCAGUCUGGUUGCCCAGACUUUUCUCCUCUCGUCUGAUGACUGACUGAAGUUUUCAUUCUGCUAGCUGAAAACCCAAAUCGGUAACCAUGGCGGACUCUGAGAGUGUCAGGAUCGCUCCUGAAAUGCCAGCUAUGUUUGAUGGCAUGAAGCUGGCUGCGGUGGCUGCAGUUCUGUACAUCAUUGUCCGGUGCCUAAACCUGAAAAGCCCUACUGCUUCCCCACAGCUGACCUUCCAGGAUACCCCGCUCGCCCGAUUCCUGCUGAAAUCAUGUCCGUUAUUGACCAAAGAAUACAUUCCGCCCUUGAUCUGGGGGAAGAGUGGUCACAUUCAGACAGCGUUGUACGGUAAAAUGGGCCGAGUCAGCUCCCCCCAUCCGUACGGACUGCGCAAGUAUCUCUCUAUGCCUGACGGGGCCACCGCCUCCUUUGAUCUCUUUGAGCCUUUAUCAGAGCACAGCACCGGAGAGGAUGUGACGAUGGUGAUUUGCCCUGGCAUCGCGAAUCACAGUGAAAAGCAAUACAUCCGCACAUUUGUGGACUGUGCCCAGCGGCGCGGGUACCGGUGUGCGGUGCUGAACCACCUGGGGGCUCUGCCGGACAUCGAGCUCACCUCUCCUCGCAUGUUCACCUAUGGGUGCACGUGGGAGUUUGCAGCGAUGGUAAACUACAUUAAGAAAAGCUUUCCUCAGACCCAGCUGAUCGUGGUGGGUUUCAGUCUGGGCGGAAACAUUGUUUGCAAGUAUCUGGGGGAGAAUCGUGUGAACCAGGAAGCUGUGUUGUGCUGUGUCAGCGUUUGCCAAGGCUACAGCGCAUUACGGGCACAGGAAACCUUCCUACAAUGGGACCAAUGCCGGAGGUUUUACAACUUCCUGAUGGCAGACAAUAUGAAAAAGAUUAUUUUGUCUCACAGACAAAUUUUGUUUGGAGAAAAUGGCUAUAAAACGUGCAGCUCUUUGGCGGAUGUGGACCUGAGCAGACUGUACACAGCGACCUCCCUGAUGCACAUUGAUGAUAACAUUAUGAGAAAAUUCCAUGGCUAUAGCACGCUGAAGGAGUAUUAUGAAAGAGAGAGCUGUAUGCGCUAUCUUCACAAUAUCCACGUCCCUCUUCUGCUGGUGAAUGCUAUGGAUGACCCUCUAGUGCAUGAAAGCUUACUGACUAUUCCUCGGUCGCUGGCAGAGAAAAAGGAGAACGUUAUGUUUGUGCUGACUCUGCAUGGAGGGCACCUGGGCUUCUUUGAAGGUGCGGUGCUGUUCCCAGAGCCGCUGACGUGGAUGGAUAAGUUGAUUGUGGAGUACACCAACGCUGUCUGCCAGUGGCAGAAGAACAAGUCACACUGUGCGGCAGCCGCAGAGCAGUCGUGCUCAGACCAGAGCGAUUAGCCAGCCCUCGCCGCCCAUUGCCAAACUCCUCGCUCACCACCCUUUCCUUUAGCACAUUCCUGGCCUGGGUUUGGACCUUAAAAACUCUUUCCCUGCUAUUAAUGUGGUUGAACCAGCAGAAGUGCUCUGCCUGCAGCCAGUUAAGUACAAUUAUUGAGCCCUCUUUGCCUUUCUCUAAUCAAAGACCUGGUACGGCAGAACUCUCUUCCCAGAAGCUGUUCCCAGAAGUUCGAGAAGCUGGAGCGGAGCAGUCGGACAUGAAGCGAGCAAGUGAGCUGUUUUUCCCAGGCAGAUCCUCGCCGUGUUCCUGACGGACGGGUACCCCUGUUCCCGAGUGGCUGCAGACACUGUAGCAGUGAAGAGCCGGACGUGGCUCUUUACCGGGGAGGGGGACAGAAUGUGCCCCUCCGCCUCUCCAGGGAAGAACCUGGCAAACCGAUUCCUUUGUGUUUGGCCUUUCUCAGACUGGAGCUCACUGAUCUGUCCUAUCCACAGCUGGCCUGUGCGAUCGAUCUCUCCGGAGCUCCAGUGUUUAUAUUUAACAGCACUUACUGCAGCGUUAGGUCGGCAACACAUUAUGUAAAACACUUCACCAAAGCCUCGCCCUGUGGCUUCCAGCCCCCACCAUACUCUCUCCUGUCGCUGGGGGUCUGAGCUUUGGUUCUUUGAUGGGAUUCACAUUGACCUCAGCCCCAUAGAACUCUCCUUGUGUUUUCCUGCAGUUGUUGAGUAUCAACCUUACCCAUCACAUUAGAGGGAAGCUUUUAUUUAAUUUUGUUUUUCACGUCACGUUUAAUCAACACAAAAGUAAUGACCACGGAAACUGGGUUAUACAGAGGUUGAGCUGCCCAGUGAGUAUUCCCUUUCAGCAUUCCACUGGGAGGCCUGACGAACUCUUAAUUAUCACAAGGUCUGAUCUUGGCCACAAAUCCUCCUUGUUGAUUGCACCGUACCGUCACCACCAUUCGCCUCACUUUGCACAAGCUCAUGCUGGUCACACGGAAAGAGUGGUGGGAAUUGCAGCCCGUUGCCAUGGCAUCCAGUGAUGGUGCCCACACCACCUUUCAGUAAGCAAGAGCUCACAUGUUGUCUAUCUCUGAAACUUUCUGACAUUCUGUUGUGUGGUCUCUUAUUCCCCCACACCUCCCCAAUCCACUCUCACAUCUCUGCCCUGUACUGCCUAGAGGUGAUGGAUCAGUCUUCACCAGUAUUUUUAUUUAAUUGAGGAUGGUUUAGAGUUUGCGAGCUCUUGUGGCUUCAAGUCCCACGCUUUAAUGGCUAGUGCAAGCAUUACUGGUUGAGGCUCUCCAGGAAUAGAUUUAUUGGUGUAACAUAAAAGCCACGGUUUCAGACAAUUCAUACCAGUUGGCUCCUGUCGCCAGCAACGCUCUGUCUGUCAGAACCUCUAUCGCAUCCCAAGUCUUAAAAGAAAAGCAUUUGACCUCCAUUAAAUCCUUCAUGUUCUCUCCUCAUCUGCCUGAACCUAAUAAACUGUGAAAUUUGAAGCGUUUCAUAACUUCUUCUUGUGAUAAUUGUAUAGUUAUGAAACGUUGCAGAUGUCACAGUUUCCCAUGCUUCCUGCCUUCGUGACUGGGCAGUGAGGCCAGGGUGGGACCACAGGUCAGUUCGGAGCUUCAGCAGUUUAACUAUCUGUCGUCAAACCCAGAGCUGUAGCACAUUCAGCCUUGUAACCGGCCUGGCUGCUCGCCAGCUUUUUGACUGAUUUGGAAAUGUGAAUAUUACGAUGCUGAAAUCUUCGGGUCUGUGCAGCUCAUCACAAACGCUUCAGCUGUGUAACCCAGGCACAGAACAGAGCACAGCUCAUUCACACUGUGCCAUGCGAUCGGCGGGUCCCUGACAUUGAGCCAGACUGUGUGUGUGUGUGUGCUUUGUGUCCGAGUAGCAAUGGCAGCAAUCUGCCUGAGCGAGUCUGGAGAGGCCGAGCAGAGUACAUUAUUGGCUAUGUCCAGUCCUCAUUCAUCUCUAGAUGUUAACACAAGGGUUUAGGGUUGCUGCUCACAGCUGCCAGGUGACUUCAAAACCAGGUAGCAGAUACCUGUAAAUAGGUGUUUCUAGAGCCACCGACUUUUGGUCAGUUUAAAGCGUUACUCUAAUUUCUGUCCCACUGUAAACCUUGCUUUGUUCAGGUAACUAAUGCAUUGAUCGCAAAGCUGUGUGAAGAGCGGACACACACAGAAAGCACUUAGUUUUGACAAAUGGUCUGGUGUUUAAAUGGUUUCGAAGCCGCUGUUUUUCCGUGUACUUGUGCUCAUACCAUACUGUUCCAGUUGUCGUCAGUGAGUGGAGUUGAGUAAUUGUGCGUGACUCCAUUUAUCUUCAAUCCUGUUCUAUCUGAGCUUUGCUAUCUUCCCUUCAUUUCCUUUUGCACUUGUUCAUUUUCACAGCUUUAUUUUGGGUGCCUCAUUCCCGGCUGGCCUAGCCCAUUCCCACCCACUUUCUCUUACUCUUUGAAGACCAAAGAAAAGAUGUACUUGAUUAUUGGAUGGUGAGAUGUAGUUAUUGCAGUGAGAAUUAAACCAUGGGGAGUGAGGGUGUGUUUGUGAAAUGGGCUCUUGCUGAAGGUUCUGCUUCUCUAUCUUCCCGGGCAGGGCAGGCUGCUGUUUCUAGCUGCUGGCAGUUGGGAACGUGUGUGUGUGUGGCUUUAGUGUAAAGGGACAGGUAGCCGGCCAGACUGAGGUGAUGCCUGAGAUAGUGGAACCUUGUCCUUGGGAGGUGAAAACCAAAUGGAAGGGGGUUGUUGAGAUGUUUAAUGCGCUACUGGUUUCUCUGCUGUCAAAGCUACUGCUGCCCAUUCAAGUUGUGACCAUCAAAUUUUACUCUUACUCAGGUUGAGGGCUUCGGCAGAACUUUUAGAUGAAUUUACUAACUGGUCACAACACCAGGAGGUUCCUGACUGAAAGCACUUCUGGCACCUGGCACUCUGUGACGUUUGCUUUUUGUCACUGAUUGUCUGAUCGGGAUGGAAUCAGAAUAAACUCCUGAUUGCCUAAUUCUACUUUAGGUGAGAGGUCUGAAUAAUGCUUGAAACUAUUUGCCGAUCACAUUUCAAAAUGCUUCCACUUUCUGAGUUUCUAAAACAACUGUACCUUGUUUCAGCUCCCCCUCCCCCCGUUUCUACCAAGUCUUGCUGGAGAGUGUGAUUGCCUCCCCCCCCACUCCCCAAACAAAUUGGGGGAGACCUGUCCCUAAUUGAGGAGAACGAGUGUGUUUGUGUUUGCGGGUGGGUAUGAUUUUUAUAAUAAUUUCUGUCAGACUCUGUAAAACAAUUGUUCUGUAUGACUGUUCCGCUCAAAUACUUAAGUGUAGAGUAAUGCAGACACGUGGGCAGCAAGUAGUGCUGUGCGGAGGGUUUCUGUGUUCUGUGUUGUGAGCAGGAGCAGUGUUGGGCACUGGCACAUGGCUGGAGCGUUAGUCUACCUCCUGUCGCCAGUUGUGCUAAGCCUGUGCCAGGCUAGUGUCCGCUGUGGAAGAUUUCUAGCAAAAUCACGUUGGACCAUGUUGGAUACAUGUUACUUGGUCAUGGAGUUGACUUGAGUUUUUGAGGGAGGAAAAACAUGGCAGGAUUUGCCCUCUGGGGGGCUCUUCACCUCCACAAGUCCUUUAGCCUUUCACAUUCCCAGUCGACCAAAGCAGUUGCCUUCAAUGUCAAGAACACUGAUAACUAGUUAUUUAGCCAGGCUGCUUUUACUGAUCACCAAAUAAAUGGUUGUUCUCCUGGCUGGCUUUUGUGCAGCAGUUGUGCACAGCCUGACACUGUUGUAGAAAUAUGUGUUGUGUUCAGUAGCUGAGUUGAAAUGAAAGACACACAAUUCCAGUGAACUAAUUUAUUUUCGUAUAAUUCCAGUUUGCCUUUUUCCAUGUGUAUUUAAAAUGUUUUUUUCCUAUAAUUAGUGUGGCUUCCUUUCAAAUUCCAUAUCCUUUUGGCUCAGACAAGCUAAGAGCAAAGGUUCACUGAAAACUCUGGCAAGAGUGGACCCAUGAACCCUGCCACUGGUGCUCGCUCGGGUGUGGGCGAGGUGAUCGCUCGGGUGUGGGCGAGGUGAUCGCUCGGGUGUGGGCGAGGUGAUCGCUCGGGUGUGGGCGAGGUGAUCGCUCGGGUGUGGGCGAGGCAGCCCUAUGUAAUGUACCUAUCCUGAGAGGCUGGAUGUGGAGCAGUGCGUUACGCUGCUCUGAGAAGCUUCUGAUGAAAUAUUCCCUCCACUCUCUUCAUUCUCUUCACUCUCAGCAACAUCAAAUCAACCUGAACUCUGCUCAUUGCCUUCAGGGGAAUGAGGAUCUUUUGGAAUAUUUUAUCCUUUGCACUUUUCACUGUUUGUGUUUAUUUUGUCAGUGUGGCCGUGGUCAGGAUAAACUCAUGGCUGGUUUGUGCAGCUGCUUCAGCCAAUGGUCACUUGCAUAUCAGCCUGGAGGCCAGCAGCAGUGCCUCAGCCUGGGGUGCUGGUGUGAGACCCGAAUGGCCCAGCCAUUGGGCAGUGCCAACAUAGUCUUUUUCCUGGUUGUGUUUUCAAGGCAAAACCCAGUCCCGCUCCGUGUGCUCUUAGUCUAAUUGGAUGAGGUAUUAAUGAGAGGAGCAUUCCCUGUUCAGGAGAAGACUGUUGACCACAAUGUUAUUGGAAAAGAGAAAGCAGUUUCUCCCAGUGUCCUAGACAUUGUUAACAGCACAGCAAAGGCCAUUUGGCUCAUGGUAGCUAUCAGUCCCCCAGUAACUCACUUCAGCUCCAGGCUGUUUGUGGGCUUGCAAAUACAGUCACCACAAGAGGCAGCAAUUGCCUGUGAAGCGCUUUGUUAUAAGACCAGGAGCUUCAGCCAGCCUAUUGACAGCAGAUUCUGCAGGCGGCGUGUGGUGGGACAGUGAGGCAGCCUUGCACAUCGCUGCCAGUUAUAUACCUUCUGAGAUUAGUUUUUUUUAAAACGAGAAUAAAACCCACUCUGCCUUUGGAGAGUGAAAGGUCUUAACUCAGGUGAAGUGUUGUAGCGCUGUUAUUCUGCGCUGCAAUACCAGCCUGUCACAUCAACCUAUAGUUAAGAAGAGGCUGAGCUAUUCUCCUGGCUGUGUUCAUGUCGUGCUCUCAGUGCUGCUCACACCAGCUCCUGUGAGUUGGCAGAUUCAUAUCAUCUGGAUGAAAGGCUGCUGUUUAAAGGCUGCCUCGUCUUUGUCACAGUUUGUACAAUUCUUUCUUCGAGACUUGUGUGGAUCAGACUUGCUACUGUAGCUGUCGUGUAAACCUUCCUCACCUUAGUGUCCAGCAGUCAGUGUCCUGCACACGUGCUCGGCACGGGCCAGAGCUGCUGUUAGCGAGAUUCACGUCUGUGCAAUGAGGCCGAAGUCCGUGCUGGACAGGACACACGUUUGCGGAGCAUUGACCCUAUGCUACUGUAUGUCAGGGCCUGGCUGGGAAAGCUGCAAUCGGUCCUCACGUUGUUUGGGACACGGUACUGACUUACCACACCCCACGUCUGCACUUGUGCUCAGUUCCCGGUGUCUGCUGACACCCCUCCCGGUCUCUGUCCCAGGCCGCACUCUCUGCGGGUCUCACAGGUUUCCAGUUAGUAAAUUGCAGUGAAAAGCAACUAGCAAUGCAAUGAACAUCACAAUGUUUACCUUUUUGAAUUUAAUUUUUUCUUUUUUAAAAAAAAUUGGGUGUUGUUGACCUACAGAGUGGAAAUUGUGCAAUUUGUUUUACUCUUUUUGUGUCGCAUUAUUACAACUGUUGUGAUAUUUUAUGGACUUGUUUUCUGACUUCAUGGAAUUAAGUUUUGAAUUGUUGAAAUAAAGGUUGUGAAUCUAAAA